AUGACUUCAACAACAAUCUACGACAGUGAUCGGACUGUCCAGGCCGACGACAGUCUUCAAGACUUUGAUCGGCCUCAGAAAGCGUUGACUGUCACUUUCAAGGAUUUGAGCGUCGAGGUCCAUGGACUUGGAGAAGACUAUGGUUCAACGUGUUUGUCCGUUCUGGCCGACUUAUUUCCAUUCGCCAAAAGUCAAACAUCUCGAAGGCAUAUACUUCACAAUGUGAUGGGUCAGGUACAGCCGGGGGAACUGCUAUUAGUUCUCGGGCGACCGGGAUCAGGCUGCACUUCUCUACUCAAAGUAAUAUCUAAUCAACGAAACGAGUUCCAUCAUGUCAGCGGUGACAUAAGAUACGGCAAUCUCGGCCAUAGGGGAGCACAGCAGUUUCGCAACCAUGUGGUAAUGAAUACCGAAGAUGACUUACACUUCCCGACCUUGGAGGUGAAAAAGACCAUCGACUUUGCGACGUCAAACAAGAUACCUGGCUCAUUGCCAGAGUCAUCCACUAGUUCCAAGGAUUAUCUGUCACAGAAGACCGACGCCAUUCUGGAAUCCUUGUCAAUCAGUCAUACGAAGAGCACAAUGGUCGGGGAUGAAGUCAUUCGUGGGGUGUCCGGCGGAGAAAGAAAGCGAGUGUCAAUCGCUGAGGUCAUGGCUACUCAGGCUCCUGUUCAAUGCUGGGACAACUCAACUCGAGGCCUAGACGCCAGCAAUGCGUUGGACUUUGCACGUGUCUUACGCACGAUGGCCGACGAAGAGCACAAAUCCAUUGUUGCAACUCUCUAUCAAGCUGGAAACGGCAUCUACGAUCUCUUCGACAAAGUAAUUGUGCUUGCUGAAGGAAGAGAGAUCUACUACGGCCCCACAACCGAGGCUAAGCAAUACUUCGAGGACAUGGGCUUUGAGUGCACGCAGGGAGCAAAUAUCUCUGAUUUCCUCACGUCAGUUUCGGUUCCUACGGAGCGACAAAUACGCCCUGGAUACGAAGAUAAGAUCCCGACAAGUCCGGCAGAUUUUGAAGAUGCGUAUAAGACGAGCCCUCUUUUCGACAGGAUGGUACAGCAGAUGAACGUGGCGUCAGAAAAGUCUCUGUCGGAUGAAGUGGAGAGUAUCCUGAGACUUCGAGAUGCAGAAAAGAACCGCUCAUUGCCGUCUCUAUCUCGUCAAGGUAGCCCCUAUCAGGUGUCAUUCGCGAGCCAGAUUGCAAACUGCAUUAGAAGACAGUUUCAAAUCAUCUGGGGAGACCGUUGGUCGAACGCAUUGCAGAUUGCUUCUGCCCUCAUCAUGGCGCUGGUCACAGGGAGUCUUUUUUACAACCUCCCAUCUGACAGCACCUCCAUCUUCACCCGACCAGGCGCUCUGUUCUUCCCAAUUCAACUCUUCGCCAUGAACAAGAUGUCCGAGACCACGGCCUCCUUCAUGGGACGUCGAAUCAUCUCGAGGCAUAAGCGACUUGCUUUCCAUCGGCCCGCGGCGUACGCCCUAGCUAAUGCGGCAACCGAUGUCCCGCUUGUCAUUUUGGCAUACUCCUUGUUUCAGUUGAUCUACUACUUCAUCGUGGGUUUCCAACGUGAGGCGGGUCACUUCUUCGCCAACUGGUUCAUGCUCAUUCUAUGCACACUAUGCUUCGCUUCUCUGUUUCGCAUGAUUGGAGCUUGGUGCAGGCAUUUUGGAUAUCUCAUUCCCGUACCGAGUAUGCCUGUCUGGUUCCGUUGGAUUUCAUGGCUGAACCCCGCAACAUAUACCUUCGAAGCAAUCAUGGCUAAGGAGAUGGGGGAUCUCACUCUGGAUUGCAUUCAACCUCAGCUUAUCCCCUUCGGAUCUGCCUAUGAUAAUAGCCAGUAUCGCAGUUGCACAGUCAGGGGAUCAACAUCGGGAUCGACAAUCAUCAACGGCGAAACCUACAUGAAUGCUCAAUAUUCAGUCUACAAGGCACACAUCUGGCGUAACGCAGGGAUUCUCAUCGGAUUCUGGAUUUUCCUGGCACUGAUGACCGCAGUCGGCUUCGAGAUCAAUCUGCAUUCCGAUUCUGGCUCGAAAGUGUUGUUCGACCGACGAAGCAAAAAGAAGGAGGCAGCCACAAAGGUAGACACAGAAAAGGCCGAUGAAUCGGCUGCUUCCCAUGAUGUGUCUUACAUGUCUCUUAGCAAGACGGUAUUCACUUUCAAGGACAUCAGCUACUUUGUUCGACACGAAGGGAAAGACCUUCAGCUCCUUCGCGGAGUCUCGGGCUACGUCAAGCCCGGUCAGCUGGUCGCGCUAAUGGGUAGCUCCGGUGCUGGCAAGACGACUUUGAUGGACGUUUUGGCACAGAGGAAAGACAGCGGCACGAUCGAAGGCAGCAUCAUGGUCAAUGGCAAGCCGCAAGGUAUCAGCUUCCAGCGGACAACGGGCUACUGCGAGCAGAAUGACGUUCACGAGCCCACUGCUACAGUCUGGGAGAGUCUUUUGUUCUCGGCACGGCUGCGACAGAGCCACAAGAUUCCAGAUGAAGAGAAGCAGGACUAUGUUCGAGGCAUCAUGGAAUUACUCGAGCUGACACCUCUUCAGCACGCCAUUGUUGGAACGCCUGGCGGGGGCCUCUCUAUCGAGCAGCGGAAGCGUCUCACACUCGCAACGGAACUCGUGGCCAAGCCUUCUCUCCUUUUCCUCGACGAACCGACUUCCGGCUUGGAUGGCCAGUCUGCUUACGAGAUCUGUCGCUUCAUGCGCAGGCUCGCAGCAUCUGGACAGACCAUUAUUUGCACCAUUCACCAGCCAUCUGCAACUCUCUUCGAUGCAUUCGAUGUGCUUCUCCUCUUGGCCCGCGGAGGACGUACGACUUACUUCGGACCCACCGGCAGAAAGUCAGCUACAGUGAUCGAUUACUUCGCACGCAAUGGUGCCGCUUGCCCACCGCAUGCGAAUCCCGCUGAGCACAUAGUCGAUGUCGUGCAAGGCCGUUUUGGUACUGAGAUCGAUUGGCCGCAGACAUGGCUUGAUUCUCCAGAGAGACAAGCGGCUAUCACGGAACUUGAUGCUCUCAACCUCAAUGUUGAGGAGAAGAAGGACUCUGAGCCAUCAACAACGGCCGAGGCCGUCGAUGAGGAUCAGCUUGCUGGAUUCGCUACCCCAGUCGCGUACCAGGUCUAUCUCGUCACAAGCCGACAACUGGUCGCGCUGUGGCGCAACCCUGAUUACGUCUGGAACAAGAUUGGACUGCACAUCACCAACGGACUCUUCGGAGGUUUCACUUAUUGGAUGCUGGGUGACGGUACCUUUGACCUUCAACUCAGGCUCAUGGCUGUCUUCAACUUCGUAUUUGUUGCCCCUGGAUGCAUCAACCAGCUGCAGCCGCUCUUCAUUCGGAACCGCGACGUCUUCGAGACUCGCGAGAAGAAGUCUAAGACUUACCAUUGGUUUGCCUUUGUGGCGGCUCAAUUGCUGUCAGAGACGCCUGUGCUGAUUGUUUGCGGAACACUGGCGUUUGUCACCUGGUAUUUCACGGUUGGCUUCCCCACAGAAGCAAGGAUUUCCGGACAGGUCUACCUCCAAAUGAUCCUCUAUGAGUUCUUGUACACUUCACUGGGACAAGCCAUUGCCGCUUACAGUCCCAACGCCUACUUCGCCGCGCUGGCCAACCCCAUCAUCAUCGGCGCGGGUCUCAUCAACUUCUGUGGUGUGGUUGUUCCGUACUCGCAGAUCACGGCUUUUUGGAGAUACUGGCUCUACUGGCUCGAUCCAUUCACCUACCUCAUCCAAGGAAUGCUGGAGCCUGUGGUCUGGGAUGUCAAGGUUCACUGCAAGCCAAACGAGUUGACGCAUAUUCCACUUCCAGGUAAUAGCACCUGUGGGGAGUACCUCGCCGAUUUUCUCUCUUCUGAGCCGGGCUACGUUGCCGAUCCGGGAAAUAGCACCAUGUGUGCGUACUGUCCCUACAGCACUGGAGCGGACUACAUGAGAACCAUGAACAUCAAUGAUUCCAGCUACGGGUGGAGAGGAGUCGGCAUCACAGCGCUCUUUUGCGUUUCGUCUUACGCCCUCGUCUUUCUGAUGAUGAAAUUGCGGACCAAGACCACGAAAACCGCGAGCUGA